UUGUACUCAAUGGUACAGUCCAUGUCGUACCCGGAAACAGCUUUAAAACAUCUCAAACGCGCGCACCAUUUGAUUUAAAGAAAUUAUUCAAAAUAGAGUGGAAAAGUAUAUCAGACUGUACUCUAUUCUGAACCGGAAUAGACUCGCAUAACCAAGAGUUGAAGCUCUGAUCUGAAGCCAGCUUUACCAGGAUACCCAGCAUGCAGGAGGACUCUAGCCGCAGUCCCAGUUACACUGUGACAUGCGAGGACUAUGUUCAUGUGGUUGAAUUCAGUCCGUUUAGCUCUGGUACCCCUGCUUCUCUCCUGGCCUAUGGUGGAAACCAGUAUGUGGUCGUGGGCACCUGCCUAUUCCAGGAGGAGGAUAUGGAGAUUGAGGGAGUUGAAUUUAAUGUUCUUCGAGCUUUUCAUCAUGAAUUGCGUGUCGACGCUCUCGCCUGGAGCCCGGAGUCCCGGCUGGACAGGAUACCCACUAUCAGAUUCUGCACCGCUGCAGCUGACAGAAAGCUACGCCUGCUGACUUCUGAUCUCCAGGAUAGGCAUGAAGUCAAGGUGAUGGAGGGCCACACCAGCUACAUUAACCAUUUGGUGUUCGAGCCCACAGAGGGGAAACAGAUUGCUUCCGUCAGCGAUGACCACACGUGCAGGGUGUGGGACCUGGAUGGGAACGAAAGCACGACUCUCAGACUCCGCUCUCCUGGCAUCAGCGUGUGCUGGCACCCGGAGGAAGCCUUUAAGUUAAUGGUGGCAGAGAAGAAGGGAACGAUUCGCUUCUAUGACCUGGUGACCCAGCAGGCCAUUCUGUCUCUGGACUGUGGUCAGUCGCCAGUCAUGUCAGCUGACUGGUGCCUCACAAACACAAUCAAAGUCGGUGCUGUGGCCGGCAACGACUGGCUCAUCUGGGACAUAACUCGCUCCAGUUACCCGCAGGAAAAAAGACCCGCACACAUAGAUAAAGCUCGAUUAUUCAAGUGGUCUCGAGCCAAUGAAAACCUCUUUGCCACCACUGGUUGUCAAGGAAAGAUCAGCAGUCAGUUACUCAUCCACCAUCUUGGCCACCCACAGCCCGUGAUGAUCGGAUCGGCCACAGUUGGAUCGGGCCUCAGCUGGCACCGGACGCUCCCGCUCUGCGUGAUUGGCGGCGACAGGAAACUUUGCUUUUGGAUGACUGAAAUGUAGACAUCUGUACACUUAAGUGUUUCUAUUCUAGUAAAUGUCCAAUAAAAUAAAUAUUUUUCUGAGUA